UGUACUUGCGAAAUAUGAAAAAUAUGAAACAGAAAGAAAGUUGCGCAAUUUCAGUUUUAUUGUUAGGGUGACGAUGACGUCGUCUAGUUCAAUCCGAUUGACGUGUUGGGUCUAGACGCAUUGCAUGUAUGGACAUGGAGAAAACGCCUCUUCUGUCUUCCGAGUCGCGGCAAGGCACAACAAGGCGAGAUUGCUCGAGACGUCCUGAAGAGUCUGGAAAACACACAAUUUCUGGUAUUCUCCAACUUCUGCUUCUGAUUUUCGUUUGGUCGUGCUUACUGGCAGGACGCUGGCUCGCGACUGUUGACUUGUACGGGCACGAAAACUGCAAGACUGAAAGGGGAACGUGGAUGUGUUACUGCAGCCACAUGAACGACUCGUGGAGCUGUCCAGAAAACCAAUACCAACUGUCAAGUAAAUAUGAUCGAGGAUACCUCUGGGAGAUCACACACUCACAGUCAGACAAUUCAACAGGAGCAGACGCAAACAGCCAAGGAAAGAGAUUCCAGCUCUACUACGCUUAUUCCACAUGCCAGCAGGCGUUCCUUGCCGCAGUUGCUGUCGUUCUCAUUGGAAUCAGAAUAUACGAAAUUUGUCGAGAAAAAAGAAAAGACGAGUAUGAUCAUGCGUUAUCUGUUGUUAGAUCAAAGUCGACAUCUGACGAGCUGAUGUUGCAAUGGAAAAUUGCUGGAAUGUUUCUCCUCGGAUGUUUCAUUCACAGGAUGGUGAUCUUAUUCCAGCUGUUCAACUGCGCAUCUCCGACUGAGGGCGGUCUUCGCAAAACCAAUGCGGUAUUCGAGCUGACCUUCGUGUCAACAUCAAAUCUCCUUUUGCUUUUCGAAGUUGCGGUUGGUAUGAAGGGGAGAUCGUUCACGAUGCCGAGGAAGAUGAGAUUUGGCUGCGGACUGCUCGGCCUCUGCAGCCUUUCCCUCAUAGUCGACACUCUAGUGAGAUCAACAUGCAUGGACAAAGCCAACACAUCCGACCUUCUAUCCGACCAAAUCUGGACCUUCCUAAAACCUCUCUUCACCGCCGUCACAAUCGGUAUGUACGCACAAUGUUUCACUCUAUUUCUGCAUAUUGCGCUACAGCGAGAAAUCGCCAAAAAUACGGAGGAGCAUGCGCACGACAUGGAAGAAGGGGAUGGCGGUAACAAAUAUGGCAAUGGAGAUACAAGUGGGGAGGAAGGUAGAUCAAAAAUUCGGGGUGUACACCCUCUAAACGAGCAGCCAGAGGGAUCAUCCGAAGAUGAAUGGGAGUUUGGUUUUCAAUUGGUCGAUGCUGAGCACAUUGGCGAGUCACUAGAGCAGAGCUAUCCGAUGGUACACAGACGGACGACAAACUCUCAAAAGACAAGAAACGCGAUCCAAAAAGAUUUCAUGAGGAUGAUAUGUGUGUAUGUUGUGUGCACACGCGUUCUUCCGGGGUUACUCAUACUCUUGCCGGCAAUCGUGUUUACCCUCACUGCCUUGUUUGUCUUCAUUGGGGAGGAAGGCUUGUUUCAACAUUUGCCACGCCUUCAGAACACACUGCAUGUAGCCAUUGUCGCCAUCAGUCUUUUCUUGUUGGUCUUUCACUUUUGUAUACGUCGUUCGUAUCGGGUGCAACGAGUAAGCCGUUCGAGAUCGACCCGCGGGCAGUCGGGUAACGUGUGCGUGGCCGUUCGUUCGAUGUGGAACUGGCUGUUUCACGGAGACCCCGAAAGAGUUGUGUACGUGUUUUAUUUCCUACUCGGAGGCAUCGGAUACAACUUGUUCGAGUUUUCCGCCUACUGCAAAUACGGGAGCAACCUCCACGAUGAGACAAGACAACAAAUGGGCGCAACCGAAGGAUUGCUCGGAAUUCUCUCGAGUUCACUCGUAUUUUUUGUCAUUUUGAAACUAAAACUGGUCAAGACUCACGUCGAUGUGGAUGUUCACCACAGCAGUAACAAUGACGAGAGAAAUAACGGUUUGAUAUUAAUUGCUAAGUCUGUGAUGAUAAAAAUUCUUCUCUCACUCUCGGUUUCGCUAGUAAUUACCAACAUAUUGAAAGAGAAUUUUGACAAAGAUAAAGAAGUGUUUCUUGAAGAUUCGAGAAGACUGUACAUCUAUUACGAUAUUCUUCGGCCAAUUGUUGUCGACUUUAGAGCUCAUACAGCUCUUAUGCUUUUCUGCUUAGCGUUGGAUGAUAGCAGCGACAGGCAAGUACGGAAACGAAACCUUUCUCUCGUCAAAAAUCAAUCGCAACGCAAAAACACUUCUGGGAGCGACGAAUUUGGAACUGGAAAUUCAAUAUUACCGGUACUCACAAGCGAAAAGGGUGACGUAUUUCACGCCAUACCCAAAUGCCAUCACUGCGACGCUAAACGUUCGAUGGAUUCUCCGCAUUCAAAACGCAAUCCGUUUGUUUCCACAAUGGCAACAACUGGAGACGCCCACGAGAUUAGUGUAGCAACAAGUGCAGCGCCUGAAGUCUCUUCAACACCACAGAAGAGCAGAACGAAAAAGAAAGCCAAAGGGUUGUACUCAGUAGAACACAAUAACAAGAGAGCCUCACAGCCAGCUAAGCCACUGAAGAUAUCGGUCUCCGGUCACUCUCAAACGUCGUUACCCGGACGUUACCACCAACAUCCGGGCAUCCGAAAGAAGCACAUGCAUCAAGGGACCAAGACAAAUUCCUGAAUAACCAACAGGACAACAGAAGAAAAGACAAGAAUUCAGUAUUGUGAGCAGUAUUUUGUCCAAAAAAGAACGAAUUGAUUGUCAUGCAUGUUUAGUUUACUAGAGAAUCCCAAAUUUACAGUCAAAUAUGUCAGUUGCUAAAAAGAACAUUGCAACAAUUUUUUUGUUCAUAGAGUCGUUUGCCAACAAUGUAGCAAGUUGUUGUUAAUUAAUAUAAAUGUUGUUAAUUAAUAUAAAUGUUGUUAAUUAAUAUAAAUGUUGUUAAUUAAUAUAAAUACCGACUUUUAGCAGCUGUUCAUUCAAGCUAGUCCUUGAGUUUGCCACACUAAUAUAAACUGUUGUAUUUCAAAAAUUCUUAUGCUUACUGUUACAUGCAUUCAAACCCAAAAAUUGAAGGGCUGCAUC